ACGUGUGCUGUCGCGGACCGUACUGGUCAUUCAAUGUUGCACACUUUGUACGGCAAUUCGCUGCGAUGUAACUGCAAUUUCUUUAUUGAGUAUUUUGCGCUCGAUCUUUUGAUGGACAAAGGCCGAUGUAUCGGUGUGAUCGCAAUGUGUCUCGAAGAUGGAACAAUUCAUCGAUUCUGCUCAAAACGAACGAUUAUCGCGACCGGUGGCUAUGGACGUGCGUACUUCAGUUGUACAACGGCACACAUGAAUACAGGCGAUGGCACGGCAAUAGCCACUCGAGCCGGAGUCGCAUUGGAGGAUAUGGAAUUCAUUCAGUUUCAUCCAACUGGAAUCUACGGAGUGGGAUGUUUGAUCACUGAAGGAUCCAGAGGUAUGAGCAAGUUUGCUAUAGUCCACAUCGACUGGUGCAACUUAUGA